AUAGCGAUUUUAAAGAAAUGUAUUCAUUGCCUAUGGCGUUUACAUUUUUUACAAGAGUCACCCGUCAGUUAAGCAUGCGACCUGUCUUGUGUUAAACCACAAGCAACCGAUGGUCUGGUUGGCUUGUCAAAUCACCUUAGUUACUGUCCAGGUACAGUAAACGAGAACGGAAGGGUGUGGAGAAGUGAUCGCAGCGAAACGAUGGCGCAAAAACCCAACUGGAUUUUAAUUUGCACGGCUUCUGUAAUUUGUCUUAUCAUAGGAAUUCUCAUCGGUCGUUACGCUAUCGGAAAUGAUAGGGACGACGUGUCGCCUCAGAAGGCGAAAAUGUCUGCCACUUUGAUGGAGGAGCUCAGUGCAUCAAAUAUUGGCGAAUAUCUCAAAUAUUUGAGCAGUAUACCGAAUUUAGCUGGAACUCCACAGGAUUUGGAAGUGGCUAGUUGGGUGCGCGAUCGUUUCGUCGAGGGAGGAUUAGACGAAGUCCAAUUGGUUCCUUACAAGGUGCUGCUUUCCUACCCAGACAUGAGCAACCCCAAUCAGGUCUCGCUACUCGACUCCAACGGCAAGGUGAACUUCACCACCUCAGGACGUCAGACGCCACUCUUUUCCAGCGAAGAAUUCUCUCCGUUAGUUCAACCCAAUUUUAACGCUUAUUCAGCUAACGGAACUGUCGAGGGGGAACUCAUUUACGCAAAUUAUGGUCGGAAACAAGAUUUUGAGUACUUGAAAUCUCUCGGCAUAGACAUUCGUGGUCGAAUUGUGAUUGCUCGAUAUGGGGCGAUUUUUCGUGGCAAUAUCGUGAAAUCCGCCGAAGAUGGAGGAGCUCUUGGAGUGAUACUCUUUUCUGAUCCCAAAGAUUUCGCCCCGGAAGGGCGCACAUCUGUCUAUCCCAACACAACGCGACUUCCGGGCAUGGCUGUUCAAAGUGGUUCAGUUCUGUUGGGUUACGGCGACCCUUUGACCCCUCUGUACCCAGCCUUAGAGGGCGCUUACAGACUGCCGGAAGCUGAAGCUCCACUACCCAAAAUUCCUGUUCAGCCCAUCGGAUACGACGAGGCAGAAGUUUUGUUAAGAUCCAUGUCUACAGAAAAUCCUGCACCGGAAGACUGGCAAGGUGGUUUGAAUGCAACUUACUUUUUGGGGUCGAAAUUCACCCAAAGGAAAUGGUCCGUUCGAUUACAGGUAAGAAUGACCCACAAGCUAGCUACAGCCUAUAAUACGAUUGGAAUAUUAUACGGUAGAGAAGAACCAGACAGGUACGUGUUAGUUGGCAAUCACAUGGAUUCGUGGACUCUUGGAGGCAUUGAUCCGGCCAGUGGGACAUCAGUUUUAAUAGAAAUGGCCCGCACUUUCGGCAAUAUCAAAAUGCAAUCAGGCUGGCGUCCAAGGCGCACAUUAAUGUUUUGCGGAUGGGGAGCUGAAGAAUACGGCAUGAUAGGCUCGUACGAAUGGGCCGAAGAACACGCAAAGGUGCUCAUUCAACGUGCAGUGGCCUACAUUAAUGUCGAUUCCGCCAUGGAAGGAAAUUACACCUUAAAGAGUCAAACAGUGCCUUCGCUAUACUCUGCAAUCAGAGAGGCGGCCAAAGUGGUGCCCAAUCCUAAUCCAGCGGAAGUGGAAGCCGGACGCAAAACGGUUUUCGAUACUUGGUUGUGGGCCAAUCCUGAUCUCAACAAUCCUACCCAACCGCGCAUAGGUAAUUUAGGAAGCGGAAGUGAUUACACCGUUUUCAGCCAUGUUCUGGGCGUUCCUUGUGUCGAUUUAUACUACGACUAUCAGGAGAAAGCUGGAUCUUACCCCCUUUAUCACACUCUCUACGAGACCUAUCACGCGGUUGCUAAUUUAAUGGAUCCGGGAUUUCAUUUUCACCUUGCCGUUGCUCGGCUGAUGACCGAAUUGACCUUGAAUCUCAGUGAGUCGGUGGUUCUUCCAUUUGACGUUGUGAGUUACGCCAGUUUUCUGGAAAAAGAUCUUGACAAAAUCGAGUCGAGAUACAAAAGCUUGGCAGCCGCUAACGGAGCCACUUUCGAAUAUUUCAGGAAAGCCGUUGCACAUUUCAGGAAUUCCACCGAAUAUUUCACUGACACCAUUUUACCACGUUUGGACAGGAGCAAUCCUUUAGCCAUUCGUAAAAUCAACGAUCAAUUGAUACAACUCGAAAGAGGGUUUGUCGAUCCCCACGGUCUCCCCGGACGUCCGGAAUUCAAUCACAUCGUAUUCGCUCCUAGCUCGGUGGAUAAAUACUCAAGUGACACCUUUGCGGGCUUGGUAGAUUUAUUCAAGACCGUUGGUAACCGGACGGAGCAGCCCAAUACUUGGCGCCAAAUCAAGCAACACCUUUCCGCAAUUUCUUUUUUGAUUGGAGCUGCGGCUGAUUCUCUCCGCGAAGGAUUCUAAAUAGUGAUCCCUACAAUACACCUUUUGUGUCUUUACGUGGACGAAUAAGCCGCUUGCUAUCCACGAACAUUAAUCUCUAUUUUGACUCUAGUUUAAUUUCAUAAUUUUUUAAAAAUAAAUUCGAUUUCGUACUA